ACGCUGGAAUGAUCCUUUAAACAAAUUUAAUUUAAUACUUGACUUGGGAAGAAUCCAAAUUCCUAUGCAAUUUGAUCCUCCUCUUCUCACCACAAAACAUCUUUUUCAUCGCAAUUCUUCAUCUGGGUACUCUUCAUUCCUCAAGUUGGGGUUUUCUGCAAGCUACACUUAGUGUCCUGAAUUCACCUCUAUGGAGUGAGUUGCAGUAUGGGUCCUGAUCUGGAGCUUAAAGGAAGAUUAGGCAGCAUGGCAAGUUUGGAUGGCAAGGAGAAUGAAAAAUCUCAUGGACACCCAGUAGCUAAGGAUAUAAGCUGUAAAAGUAAUUACCAGGAUGACAUUUUCAAAUUGGAAGCUUUGAUGCCUAAACAAGCUGAGCAAGUGAAGCAGGUUGAAGAAUCAGAGGUCAAAAUUACAGAAUCUACAUCGGAGGACGAAACCGAGAUCUCAAGUUCAUUUGGGAACGCUUUAUCAGGAGAUAAGGCGGAUGAGGCUCAGAGUGAUUCUGAAGUUAUGUCAGAACUAAGGGACAAUGGAUUUGACCAAGAAUGUCGAAUGAGGAAAAAAAGUUUGACAGCUCACUGGAAAGCAUUUAUACAGCCUCUUAUGUGGAGGUGUAGAUGGGCAGAACUUAAAAUGAGGAGAUUAAUGUAUCAAGCGUCAAAGUAUGACUUGCAAAUUGAAGCAAUUGACAGAAGGAAGCAGUUAACAUGGAAGAACGCGACAGUUGAGGAUACUUGUGCAAGAUGUCUUCCAUUUUCUGGUAGUAAGCAGAAAGGAACAAUAAUCAAGCGAAGGAAAAGAAAAUGGGUGGAAGACUCAACUGGCAAAGCAGCAUACACGGCACAAAUCCCUUUAUUCUCUUAUCCUGCUAGUAUGAAGCGUGGUGCUGAUGUGGCUGCUUCUCUAAGUGAUAGUGCAAAUACAGGUAAUCCAAAGAGGAAAAGAUCAGAACUCAACUUUCCGUCUGGGUGUGGUGAUGAACCAGUAUCACUUGAGUUCAGAAGUGAUGACAAUUCUUUGGAACAAAUACUUUGGAAAAUUGGAGUCUUACAAUCAGAUCUUGGUGAGCUGAAGACCAGAUUAAAAAAGGUACAGGAUGAAAAUGCUAAAGACAUCUAUUCAGCUGAUGCCAUGAAUACAAAUGCUGUACGGACAAGCUCUGCCCAAAAUGAUGUUCCGACAAAUGAAGGGAGAGAAUUGGUAAAAGUUUCUAGUAUUGCGUCUCGGCAUAUGCCCAAGUCUAAUAUGUUUAUGGUUAAGAAUGAAACUGCAAUUUCAACUCAUGGAAAGGCUACCAAUCUUAUUGAUAUCACUGAAUGCAACAAUCAGCUCCAGAUUGCGAUAUCAGGUGAAAAGAAGGGAAAUGGUCAUUUGAUGUAUAAUAGCACUGCAAAAGAGCUGAAUAACAUCGAGAAAGUUGAUAGCAGUGCAAAAGAGCUGAAUAAUAUUGAGAAAGUGGGGGUUCAGUCCCUAGAGAAGCCUGACACAGCAAAGGAAGAAGAGCAGGCGAACAUUGUUCCACCGGUUCUCGUGCCUUUAAUCUCAAACUCAGAUGAUCAGCCUGAGACACCAAUGGAAGCAAAGCAGGCGAACAUUGUUCCACCCGUUCUCAUGCCACUAGUGUCAAAUUCAGAUAAUCAGCCGGAGACACCAAUGGAAAAAGAGCAGGCAAACUUUCUUCAUCCGGUUCUCGUGCCAGUAAUCCCAACCUCAGAUGAUCAGCCUGAGACACCAAUGGAAGAAGAGCAGGCAAGCAUUGUCCCACCCGUUCUCAUGCCAGUAAUUUCAAAGUCAGAUGAUCAGCCCGAGACACCAAUGGAAGAACAGGCAAAUAUAGAGCCGUCAAGUCCAGUGCCAGUUAUCUCGAUCGCUAAUGAUCAGUCUACUCGUUCCAUAUCCGGGCUUACAACCUCCCCACCCAAUACGAGAAGUAGGGGACGCGGACGUGGGCGUAGUAGACGCAGAGGUAAUAGAUGGAGCCGCAGAGCCUAAUAAGCCCCUCUUUCCUGUACAUGUCUCAGGAUCCAUUAAAGCAUAAAUAUAAUUUGCAGCUCCCCUCUGCUAGGUCUCUUAAUAUAUAGAAGAGCUGUUGUGAACAGCACCGAAGAAUAUAAUACUGUGUUUUUACCUGCUAUCUUGUGGUGAACUAUUUGGUCUGGCAAGCAGGGAAGAAAGAGUAGAUGUUUGAAUGCCUCAUUAAACUUCAUGAAGUAUAUGAGGUGCUUCUAUUUAUAUUAUAAUGAUCUGGGGAAUAACUAAUAUAACAAAUAUGCAUGGUUUUGAACUAGUAUGCAGACCCCUUUAUGCAAAAAAAAAAAAAAGCCAUUGAAAGUUGGCAUGAUUAUGAA